AUGUUGUACACAUUCUUCCUCAUUUUCAUUUUACUGCAUGCAAAUGCAGCUGAGGAGGAGACCUGUUGCUUUAGCUGGUUCAAGAGUUGUAUAAGUGCGCAGAACGAUGAGGCUUGUGAAAAUGCAGCUUACAAUCACUGCUUGAAAUAUUGCUCAAUCUAUAACGAAACGGUGGGUUUCGAUGAGUGCAUGGCCGUCUGCUUGAAGACUUAUGUCAAUACUUCUACACCUACCCCGGGAGAACCCAAGAAAGAAAGGAACAAAUUCCUCACCUUCUUCAAGUUUGUAAAAGAGUUCCUCGGCCUCUAA